AUGGAGGAGAUAUGGGACUUCGAUCUCUCAGCCUUCACCAUGCUGGGGGAGGCGGGCGCGGGAAAGAGCCCGUUGGGUAGGAGCGUCCUGAUGGCACAGGUGCGCCACAACAAGGCGCGCUUCAACUUGUCGGGUCAGCCUUGUAUCCGCUCUACGCCGGAGAUUGACUUUCUUCGUGGCGAACAGGGGUCCGUGCUCAUGGGCGAUUUCCUGGAUGACACAUCCUUGCACAUGCUCCCGAUGAAGUUGCUCAAGGCAUUCCUGGAUGUCGGGCUCUAUGAGAGCAUGUGUUGGGCUCGAUGGGGUGCGACAAAAUGGGUUCAAAACGAACCUCGUGCCGUCGCAGAUAACACCUAUGAUGAUGGUGUUUCCGAGGAGCCUGCGUAUGCCAACACCGUCAGCUUCGAGACUUUCUUCAAGCUCAUGCGCCCCAGCAUUGUGGAAAGUGCCACUCUCGCCCACAUGGAUGCUGUCUUCAAGAGAACUUGCAUCUUGCUGAAUACGAAGACUCACGUCUACUACAGGAAGGCGGGCAUCAACACCGAGGCAGUGCCGCGUGUGUGGGAGAUCAAGGCGGAAUAUCUCACCGAGGAGGGCAAACGUCUAUAUGGUCUUCACAAGGGUGGAACCAAGGAGAUCACAGAUGACUUCGUCGAGGAGGUGAAGAAGGAGCAGCUGUGGGUGGAGGCGGUCAUGCACAAGCGCUUCGCAGAGAGGAGUCGCAGCAAGGAGGAUGAAGAGGAAGAUGCCAAGCGCAAUCGGAUUCGGGAGCAAGUUUUCGGAGAGAGGCCAGCGGCGGCUCCUUCGGUGACUCAGCAAAUGCAAGACAAGCAGAAGCGUGCCCUUGAGAAGUCUGCAGUGUCGGUCAAGAAGGAGAAGUUUGAGAUGGAGCAGGAGGGGGUCUUCAAGAAAGCUAAGACAUGGAGCUUGAAUAUGCAGUCUUCUGGCAGCGUGAUCGACUUGGACUCUUCCCCGCAGAAAGAGAUGGAUGAGGCCUGGCUUCAUCCUGCUGGCUGCGGUGCUUCGAACGAGACCUACUCGGAGGUGUGCCUUUGCAAUUCUCUUCGCAGCCUUGGGUGCCCCAUUUCUUACGACAAGAAUGGCCCGUUCACUGCAGCUGAUGGAUGUGAGAUGUUGGCCCCCUUAGGUGCCCCUUUGAAGUUAGUGUCUACAAACAGCAAGCUGCAGCCAGGCAAGUUUAUCGUGCUGGACACAACAAGAAGCCAUUUCUUCGCUGUCAUCAACGCGAACGGGAAGGUGCAGAAAGUCGACGAUGGCAUGCAUGCGUACAUCUCGGCGGAUGUCUUUGCGGAGUUCAUGAAGAGUCCGAUUUUCCAUGUUUUCAAGCUGACCUUCAUGUGCGCUGGUGCCUCAAGCCUAUGCCCUGCUUUUCAUAUUCCCGGUGGCGCGCUCUCCAAGAAGACCUACGGCCUCAAUUUUGUCAAUGUCGAUGGAUGCAAACUGAACACCGCCAACCCGCAGGACAUUCAGAAGGUCUUGUUCGUGAACGUGAAGCGUGGCUUCAGCUUGGAGUACUUGCAGUACCACACCCAGCUUGAGUUCCGUGCAUUUGUUUCAUCCAGAGCCAUCCAGGAUGUGUACGAGAAUGUCCACGGCACCGUGGAUGAUACGGACUUCACUCGCUUCCGGAAGGCUCACGCAGAUGCAAUUAUGUACUGGGCGGCAUUGCAGGAGUUGUCUUCCCUUGGCAUCAACCAACCCAUUGAGAUCGGCAACGAACUCUCCGAGAUCUCUUUGGCUGCGUAUGACAAGCACCUGCACUCCAAAGUCUUCCCCCCUCGAAACAAAGCUUCUGUCACAGAGCUAGUUGGCGAUGGACAUGCCAAAGUCCAUGUGAAGUGCUCUGAGGUUGCGCCGCACCAAGGCAAGCCCCGCAAGAAUGGAAAGGGCAAGCCGUACGGGCACGGGUGGUUCAUGAUCGUCGACCCCAAGAACUUGCAAGUGCUUUCGGUUUCCUGCAUGAGCAAGCCAGAGAACAACGAAGUUGUGAAGGACUCACUGUUGAAGAUCUUGCCCAUGUACAAGAAGGUUAACUGCUUCGUGCUGGAUCGGAACUGCGCCUUCAUGCCGCAAGCCCUGGAGGUGAAAGAAUUCAAGCAGGUGAAGUAUUGGACCAUCGACUGCUUCCAUGCCACUGGGCACAAGAAGACAUGCAAGUGCAACCCUCUGCAUGUGCCGCGGUUGGCCAAGCGGUUGAAGCACGUGAACACGUCUGCGGCAGAGCAAGUGUUCGCGUGGUUUCGGAACUACGCACGUGUGCUGAACGAAUCCUCUCCUCUCCGGCACGCCUUCAAGGUGCUCUACUACUGCAAGAUGCAUAACCAAGCGAUCCGCAACAAGAAGGCCACGUACAUCAACCAGCACGGCCAGCAGAAGCGCAAGCGUGUGGCCAAGCCCUAUCAGUGCUCCUCCGUCUACAAGAAACCGUCCGCCAAGUGA